AUGUCGGAUGGCAGAGGCCGAAGCUCUUAUUCCCAUGAUGACCGAUCUUCAAGGCGAACGUCCUCCAGAGCCCCGAGUCGCACUCGUCGUGAACCCUCACGAGACCGCAGCCGCACGAGCUCCUCUCUGAGCCUGAGUUCAGGGCCUGGUCCGGACAGUGGCAGAAGUCCGCGUUAUUACCCUCCCCCAGCAGGAAGCCGCCCUGGAAGUGGUGCCUCCUCACAGCAGCCUCUUCUUUCACGUCGAGGUUCGACGGCCAACUCAUCCGACUACCGCAGUGGACCGUCUCUAGACCUUCCUGUCUAUGUCGGGGACUCGGAGACAACCUCAAAGGCCUCUCUCAUCGGUGGUUCAAGUUCGGGCGGUUUCUCGAGUUCAAGCGGGUCCGUCCCCUUGCCGCGCCGUGACCCCAUCUCGGUCCCGCGCCGCCGCGGGAGCCGCCAUGAGCUAGACGACGGUAGGCCUCUUCACCCGCAUGACCUACCCCCCUCACGGCCACCGUCUUCAAACCCCGCCAGACCAUUAACGAGCUCGGGGGGGAGCGUAAGCCGAAAACACAACGAUCCUACAGCUCCCGGCCAGUCAUAUCCCGACACUCCUUCCUGGGCCCAGGGAAGCACCCGGCUUCCGUUUACCACAGUGAGCAACUACCCCAACCAUGGCCACCCUUCAGCGUCCCAAAGCCUGUCCCCGUCCAAUCGGGGAGACAACACCAGGGCCCGGCCACCUAUUCGGCCUAUCCCUCUUCCCGUUUUCACGACUCUAUUCACUGCCGAGCCCGACCAGUAUGCCGCCUCCAACAGCAGCAGCAACCCCUCCACACCCUAUACCAGGAGCCCCGGCCGUGCCGGGCACACUAGGCUGCCAUCCGACCCGCGCCACCCGGGUGAAAUUGUCGUUCCUUCGAACAGCUCCGGUCUCAGCCAAGCACAAUCCCGACCAAGCGACUACUCAGGCCGGGAGCCCCGCGCAGCAUCGCCGUACGUGCUAGCUGCCACGGCCGAGAGGAGACAGACGGAGCAGCGGUCUGCACUGGGCGGGUGGCCGGCCAGGGGUGGGAGUAAUCCGUCGAUUGGAGCGGAUUAUACGCAGGCUUCGCAUCAGAGGCUCGCUGAUGUGGCGAGAAGGUCUGCUGAUGAGUGGGGGCGGAAGGAGAAUUUGGACGCUGUGAGAGUGGAGAGGAAUCAGUCGAGACAGAGUUCACAUAAGAAGUAUGCAGAGUCGAUGGAGAGGGAUCGGGAGAGCGAUGAGGAGCGGCGAAGACGGCGGUCUUAG